AUGUACUCCCCCAUCUUUAGGUAUGAAAUUAUACCUAAAGAAAAUACUUGAGGUCGAAAGUAAAAGAAAGAAUAGGAAGUCCGGAUAUGGCUAUGGUUCACGUGCCCUCGCCCCUCUUCGCUUCGCUCAAAGGAAAAGUUGAUAUUCGCGUUUCGUGCUUCUCUACUAGUACAUCAGAACCUAUUGAAGCAAGAAAAAACAAGUCUCCUGUUGCUUACAAGCCCGGCGUGUUUGAUAACCUGUUCUUAAGUCUAUUCCGGAACAAAAUGGUCCAGGAGACUCGGUGGGACUCUGAUAAGCCUGGGUACGAGGGGCUAAUUGAAGUGGCACGUCGUCUGACGGUUGGUCAAAACAAUUCCGAAACUAGAGACGCUGCGGUCCGGAUAUUGAGAUCACUAUUCCCUCCUCUGUUGUUGGAGCUCUACCGGAUGCUUGUUGCACCUAUAGAUAGUGGUAAAUUUGCAGCCUUGAUGGUUGCAAGGGUGACUGCAUUAUCUUGUCAAUGGCUCAUGGGUCCGUGCGCUGUUAAUUCGGUGGAUCUUCCUAAUGGUUCCUCUUUGAUGAGUGGGGUUUUUGUGGAGAAAUGCAAGUAUCUGGAAGAGAGCAAAUGUGUGGGUGUAUGUAUUAAUACAUGUAAACUCCCUACACAGACUUUCUUCAAGGAUCACAUGGGAGUUCCAUUGGUGAUGGAGCCGAACUUCACCGAUUAUAGCUGUCAGUUUAAAUUCGGGAUUUUACCUCCUCAGCCAGAAGAUGACGACACUCUUAAAGAGCCAUGCUUGGAGAUAUGCCCCAACGCUGUUCGUCGAAAAGAAAUGAACCAUAACAUGGAUGCACACAAGUGUCCGAAGGCAUGAAUUUUAUUUUAUUUUUUGCUUUUUUUUGUUGUUGUUGUUGUUUUCCUGUUAUUCUAAUAUCUUGAGUCCAUAGUUUGUCUUCCACAACACUACAGCAAAAGUAGCGUCUGCCUCCAGUUUUGUGUAACUACUUGUAAGAGAGAAAUUUAAGAACAGAAGGAUCACUUCUUAAGGACCAACAGCAAAAUUCAUUUUAUGCAUAAAACUC